AAAUUCUAUCUCUGUUUUUGCGUGUUGAUCAGUCACACUUCCGUUUUGUGUUUUGUCGUCUGCUUGGCGGACCUCGAUAUUUAAAGCCGCACUAAUAUUUUGUAUCUGUAUUCAGCAAAGAAAGAAAUGCAGAACAGAAAGCAGAACAAGGCAGAGUUUACAGUAAGUUCCUUCAUGGACCCAGAUAGGAUCUACGUUCAUGGUUCCUUUUGUGCAGCUCGUAUAUUGCCAUGGAGUACAGCUUACUUCAUUCACUGCAUACUCAUGAUCCAGAAUGGACCAUGAUUUUUGCUCAGCAUCAGUCAUCUGUUUGUUUGGCCUGCAUCAUCGAAGACCUAAAAGAUGUCAGGACUCAGACCAAUGUACAGAAGCAUUUCCACUUAUCUCUUAUGAAAUCUAUUUUAAAUGAGUGCCAAGAAGUGGAUGACCUGUUUCAUCAACAUCCUCGUGUUUGUCAGCAUUUGAUUGACAUUAUAACAGAACAUUAUGCAGAAAGCAGUUCUUGACAUCAUCUGCUGAGAUUUGUGUUCAGAUCCUGGACAACCUGCAGUCAGAGACCAUGUAUGUUUACUUUCUGGACAAGUUUGCCUGUCAGUCUUUUAUCAGAUUGUCUGUAUUUUAAACAGCUUUUAGAGCAGGAAGAGUCUCUUCCCUUCUUUGUCACAGUACUCGAAAAGCUGGCAUUUAUUUCUCCAAUUUACAUUUUGAUUUUGGUACAGGUUCAUGAACCACUGAUAAAGAUGUUGGUAGAGAAGUGGAUGACAGUGUCUCACUUUGAUGAGGCAGCUCAGUGCUCUAUGACUUUGAUGCUGACGCAGCUCUUUGAACAUGAAAUCCUGCCAGCUGUACCUUCAUACAUCUUAUUCUUUGUGAACAAAUAUCUCUUAAAUUGUCUGUCAUCAGCUCAGUCCCUGGAGCUGCAAGUCAGAGCUUUAGCCUUAUUAAAAAAAAUACUGCAAUGCGGGAGUGGGCCAGCAGAAGAUUCAGAGGAAUUUGAGUUACUGUCCUUAGCCUUGAAAAAGCAGCUACUCAGUCGAAGAGAAACACUCAGCAUAGCUGUUGCUCAGUGCCUGAACAUUAUAGCUAGCAACCCUUGCUACGCUGCUUGUCUUCAUCAUGUUUUAAAAAGUGACCUACCAGAGUUCCUGUUUGAGUCACUCCACACCAUGAAUAUUGCUCAGCUUGAUGCUGUAGUCAGUUGCCUUCAGUCAUUUGCACAGAGUGAUGCCUUCUUUAGCAGAUGUCAUGCAGUGUAUGGCAUGGAAUCAUUACUUCAAAUGGUGAGCACACUCUGGAAACUAAGAAUAAUAACAUACUACAUAAAGCCUUCACACUUCUAGCACUCAUCAUGGAAAGGCAGAGUGCAGGAAUUCCACUGUUUGUCAACAUGACUACCCAACAGUUUGCUCAGUCUCUGUUGGUAAAGGGUGUCCAGAGUUACUAUCUUCCAGUUGUGUGCGCUGCGGUCAGGUGUGCCACCACUCAGUUUUU